AUGGUGCUCGGCGGCGAGCUCAGGCUAGAUGGUUUCCGACGCGAGCCAUGGUUGCUAGAGACGCGUGUCACCGAGCAGUCAGGACCAGACCGUCGGCGACCUGUACGCCGCCGCGUGCUUCCUCAAGCGAUCUUGUCUCCCGCCCCGGGGGAAAGCGUGCACUGGCUUCAGCUUGUGGUCCUACCAUGCGCCGAUGCUUCCGAAGAAACGAUUCUUGUUCUUCGGGCCCGUCUUCUCGAUUAG